AUGCUGAUGAGGUCCAUGGCGCUGUCUCCUUCGCCGCUCUCCACGCAGGCCCUUGCGAAGUCGCGCGCGACGCUCGCGGGUUUGGACGAGUCUCUGGUGGGCGAGAAGAAGGAUUCGAGUCGGCCCGAAGUGAUUGAGCUCGCCGACGGCAUCAAGCUCUCGAUUUCUCCCUCGACCUCUUCUCUCCUCGAGGACGAAAAUGCCGACAAACUCCCCCCGCCGGUGAAGAUCGAGAAAGUCGUCAACGCCUGGGGAAGCGCCGCAGGCGCGGGCAGCGACUUUUUCGACCGGUAUCGGCAAACGCGGAAUGUGGAGCUGAAGCGCCUGGAAGAAAUGGAGGCCGACUGGCGGAAGAAAGUCGAGGCUGAGGAGUUUCAGCUGCAGCGGCACCGGCGGAUCGUCGAGGCACAGGAGAAGAACCGCGCGGCUCGCGAGAGACGCAGGAAAAGGAAGUUGAAGAAGGCGGAAUUGCGGAGCGCCGCGAAGGGAGGCGAGCGACGCCUGGGACCGCAGGGACUCGAGGAAGAGGCCAACCGCGAUGGAGAGGAAGACGGCGAGAGCGAGGGAGAGACAGAAGGCGAGAGCGGAGUGCGAAGCAAGCGCAGUCGAGCGAGAGAGGAAGCGCGCGAUACCGCCGGCGACGGAGCUACAGCUGGCGCCUCGCGUUCUCCACACAGCAACGGCGCAGCCCGUUCUUCCGCUUCCCCAGCGGCAGAUUCCGAGGAGUCAGGAGAGAGACAAUUCGAUCAAGAGCCUCCGAAAAGGAGGAAAGAAGAGGGAAGUGUCGAGUCCGGAAGCGAGACUCGCACAGAGCAGAGCCAGAGAGAAACUUCAGAACAGGCCGAACACGUUGAAAAGAUGAGACCCGGAAUGGUUUCGAUAAAGGACGACGAGUGUCAGAUUGAGGCACAGAAGAAAGGCGGAAGCGUUGUCGAGACACGAGGGCGCAGCAGCUGGACGGCGGUGAUUUGA